UGCAUCACGUGUGUUUUGAAAAGUUUGCAGGAAAGGAAUCCGAACGGUCACUUUUAGCUGCGAUAUUGAAUGAAAAACAAAAUCGUUUUAGCACCUAGCUACGUUUAUAUGUUUUUCAAAUGCUAUAUGUUUCUUUUAAAGUUUAGGCUGUCAUAUUUAGGUAUCGUUAGUUUGUUUCAUCGACUCAGCAAACAUUAGGCGUGAGGUUUUUACCAUUUACACGUAGAUUUGUUUGAUUUGGAGUAUUUGUAGUGGUUGUUACAGACAAACARAAUUUUAAAAUGGUUUUCUUCACAUGCAAUGCGUGUGGUGAAUCACUGAAAAAAGCUCAGGUUGAGAAGCAUGUGAACAUGUGUCGUGGGUGUAAGGUCCUGUCCUGUAUCGACUGUGGAAAAGACUUCUGGGGCGAUGACUACAAAAACCACAUUAAAUGUAUCAGCGAAGAUCAGAAGUAUGGAGGAAAAGGCUACGAGGCCAAGACAAACAAAGGAGAUGUUAAACAGCAGCAGUGGAUACAGCGAGUACAUGAAGCCAUGAACAAACCUGGAGUCAGUGCCAAGCUGAAAGACGUACUCAGACAAGUUAGUUCAUAUGAUAAUGUACCGAGGAAGAAGGCCAAGUUUCAGAACUGGAUGAAAAACAGUCUUAAAAUAGCCAACACUGGUCUACAUGAUGAAGUKUGGAACAUAAUUACUGCAGAUGACAGUGAGACUGAGACCAAACAGCCAGCUAAUGAGAACAAAGACCCUGCAGCUGAACACAGAGCGGACACUAAUGGAACUGAAAGCCAGGACGGCCAACCAGAGUGUGAAGAAAAGAAGAAGCUGAACAAACGGGAACGUAAAGAGGCCAGACAGCAAAAGAAUAAAAAAGCAGCAAAGGGUGAGGAAAAAGCAGCCGCUCAAGAACCCGAAGAAGACCAAACUGGCAAAAAGAAGAAGAAGAAAGACCGAAAAAGAAAACAUGGAGACGAAGACGCUGAAGAUGAAGAGUGGAAUGAGAACGGUGUUGAAAACCAAACCUCUGCUAAGCAAACAAAAGUCGAAGCUUCUGAUGAUCUCAUGACCGAGGAGACCGAGGAUCAGGCUGCCUCUCGAGGAAAAUUUAACUGGAAAGGAACCAUCAAGGCAGUACUAAGAGAGGCACCUGACCAAGAGCUGCCAGUGAAGAAACUCAGGAAAAAGGUUUUGGCAGCCUAUUACUCUUUCACUGGUGAAAGAAAUGUUAAAACAGAAGUGGAGGUGUUGGCAUUUUUCAACAAGAAAAUCAACAAAAAUCCCAAGUUUCGAGUUUUGAAAGAUCGAGUCAAGCUGAUACAGUAGACUCUUCUGGCAUGUGCAUAGAAUUUUAAAAUUAAAAUGUGAUUGUUGGAAGUCUUCCUUGUAAGUUUUUUUUUUUCCUACGUUCGAGACGGUCUUGAAGAAUAAACGGUUUUAUGCUGCGGA